CUACCCUCUCAAUAAAUGACGAUUCUGCCAUUUCCUUCCUUUCCCCGUUUCGCUGCAUCUCAACUCUUCCAUUAAUACCCACCGAUUUGAUGUUUAAGAAACCAGACAAAGGUGAAAAGAUGGAAGAUGCUAUGCCCGAAGCAGUAAAUCCCAGGGAAGAUGAUGAAGUUUCCGGAGAAGAAAGACAAACCCCAGAAGCAGCUAAAGAACACGGAGAAGAGAGAGCUAACGGCGGUGGUGGAUUCAUUAAUCAUCUCUUCUCUAACUUAGUUAAUGGAGGAACAGAUGGUGAUGGAGAAAAUCGAAGCGAACAAGCCGAGAAAGAGACGAUCAGUGCAGCUGCAGAGGGUAAACAUGACGAGAAUAGCGGUGGGAUUUUUGAUCACAUCAUCUCCAAUCUGGUCAGUCCUUUAAGUCCGAGAACUGGAAACACCAGUACCCGUACCCAAGGAAAAACUGAAGCUUUCGAUCAUACAACCGCAAGUGAAAAUGAACCAGGUUUGAGAUCAGAGGGAGAAGGGGGCGGCGGCGGCGGCGGAGGGUUUAUCAACAAUUUCGUGUCCAACCUGUUUCACCACUCCGAGGGCGAAGUAGGAGAGGGAAGCAGCAAUAAGAAACAAAAGGUAGAAGAAGGUGGUGAAGAUCAAAGCAAAUCAGAGAAAACAGAAAAUGGAGGAGGUAUCAUUCAUAACAUUGUCUCACAGUUGCCCACAUCUCUUCCAGAGAGUGCAGCUCCCAGCAGUGAUGAAGCUACUAUUCUGAUUCACAUUGUUCAAGAUUAAACAAGUGUUGAUGAUUAGAAUCUGAUUGUAACAUCUUCAACCACUUUGCUCAUUCCUACUGGCUUCUACUUUCUCUUUAGCAUUUUGAUUUUCUUUGUUUUCUGUAAUUUAUCUCAGACUUGUACUGUAUUUUU